CCUUGUGCUUGGCUCGAGACUUUACAGGACAUGGCUCUCAACCGACACUAGUGGCGCGUCUGCUGCCGUCUCCCAAUCAGAUUGCCUGUUUAAAGUGUGUUUCGUGCUGAGUUAGCUGCGCGGUACUGGCUGAUUAUGACGCGUGGCAGUGAAAGCCGCAAGGAAGCUGUCUUGCCGAUGCCGACUUAUCUUUGCAAGAUAGCCAGCUGUUUGCGACGGUAUGUUGUCUACACAAGGUGUAGGCGCCUUGGCCCUUAAAGUUUGCUUAGAGCAUUAAGAUUUUCAGCUCGAAGCCUUCAAGUCCCAAAAUGUCUCGUCUUUUAGAUCAGCCUAAAGAGCAUGAGUGUAAUUUGAAAAAGAAACUAGCUGAGCUAGCAGAAGAAGUUUCCAUUCGGGAAGAUGAUGUAAGACAUCCUUCCGUUUUCAACCAGUAUAAUUCUAACAAGAUGAAAAUCAAACCGGCUGCUGGAGAUGCUUGUCGGGAGAGCUUGUCAACUUUAGAACUUCUUCCAGUGUCGGCUCAUAAAGCGCGUUGGGAACAGCUGAUGGCUACCAAGCGUACAGAACACCCACAAAGCUCGCUUGUCAAGACGCGUAUGGCACAGUUUACUGGACGGACAGUUCCUAGUGCUAACAGUUAUGGGAAAUAUCCACCAGCGCUAACCCCUAAGCCUGGUCCUGCAGACGUAGCCAGGAGCACGCUUAGCCAAGCUGAACGGGAGCGUUUAGAGCGUCAGGCUGAACUGGAGGAGUUGAGACGAAUGAGGCGCCGGCCUUUAGAAGAGAUUCAUGGUACCGUUGCUAUGCACCAUUCCUCAUCAGCCACCUCUUUGAAUUCGGUCAAAUCUCCACGAACUGACGACUUCACUUUACCCCCUGCUCCGUCGCCUACUCGUGUUACGGAAACAACUGUUUGUGACACUGGCGCCGUCUCUCCGCCUCAUGCGACACUCGAAGAGUUAUCGAGGUGUCAUGAUUCGCCCGAAAAUCCAUCGCCAUCACGCGAAACUGAGGAGACUGUUGUACCUGAGGUGUCGAAAUUUCAGUCGGACUUUGAUGAGCCUGCUGACGCUGUCCCCGUACCCUCAGAAGAUGAUAUUCCGUUGGAUGUCCUGGCUUCCUCUCGAGAAUAUUACUCCCGUCCGAAAUUCUGCGCCAAUCGAGCGGGCGAAAAGGUGUCCACCGAACAACUUCCUCGCCAAAGAUCGGUCACCUUUGAACCUGCACUGGGAACAGCACCAGGAGAUACAACUUCUGAAGGAACCAUUGACAGUGACGUCGGCUCCCUCUAUUGCAGCACCAGUCAUUCUGCACCAUCUCCAUCUACAGCUCUUGAUACUUGUGUCCGACCAUCUUCAGAUACAACCCGCUUCGUUCACGAUCGUGAUUCGGAUGAAAUCAGCGGUUCGUGUAAACAUUUUGGUUUAUUUUUCUUCGAAAUUCACACAUAAUUCUCCCUUCAGGUUUCCCGCUAACAGUCGGUUUAGAUGAAUCCUACCUUAUACACCGUACUCUGUUUACAAAGUGGAAAUGAUGCCCCGACUUUGUUAUGGUUCACACUCCCCGUAGAAAGUCGAACCUAUUGUUGCCCUGGGAGCGCGAGCGCUCUAUCGAUUCCUUCUCGAAGACAUCUCAUCGUUCUUUUAUAGUUCUCCAACGGCGGUGUUUCCCCAGCAUAUCUAAUCGCUAUUUUGUUACACCGUCUCUGCAAUUAAACAGGUUCAUUAUACGAUUAGGACACUCCCUGAUGCGGAUAGGACCGCUCUGUCGACCCCACUGAAACAACAACCGUCCCUUUAGAACUGGUUUUCGGUGGAUCGCAGAAAUGCAAAGAAAAUAAAAAAUAACGUAAUAUGUCUACAACGAGAACUGAACAGUACAAUACGUCGUUAACGUGAAUGAUCUUAACCUAAAUGUUCUUCGUUUUAGUAAAAUUUUAUGUCCAU